AUGUCUGGAAGUUACGUUGAGGGUUCCGCUACCCCACCAGAGAGGACUGGAGCAGGUCCGUCAGCAGCUCCAGCCACGCAGGCGCCUGUGCCUCCAGCUCCCCAGCCUGGGGCAGAGGAUAGGAGACUGGCAGAGGCAGUACAGUUAUUGACCACUCUGGUGGCAGAUCAGGCUCGCAGACGCGGGCGGAGGGACGAUGAUGAUGAUGACAGGCGAGACAGCCUGAGAGUUCGGGAGUUUUUAUUAUGUGGCCCUCCAGAGUUUUACGGGUCUAGGCCCAACGAGGACCCCCAUGACUUUAUCCGGGGGAUGCGACGCUCGGUAGAUUUGGUCAGGGCUUCAGAGACUGAGUCUGUGGAGUUGGCUUCACAUAGGUUACGGGACGUUGCUGCUCACUGGUACGAGUCUUGGGAGUUAUCCAGGGGCCGGGAUGCUUCCCCAGCCACUUGGGAUGAGUUUGAGGCUGCCUUUCUCAGCCACUUUUUGCCCCCAGAGUUGCGGAGAGCGAGAGUGGACAGAUUUCUGCAGAUACGACAGAGGGGCCGGAGUGUUCGUGAGUAUAAUCUGGAGUUUGAUUCCCUGGCCCGAUAUGCUCCGACUAUAGUGGCAGAUAUGACUGACCGGAUGCACCGGUAUGCGAGCGGGCUGGAUCGCUACUUAGUUGAGGCCUGCAUGUCGAUGGCGUCACGGACAGACAUGGAUAUUGCUAGACUGCAGGCUUACGCUCAGGGGAUGGAGGACAGGUGCCGAGCAGAUCAGUCCAUCAGAGAUCGGGAUAGGAGGCCACCUAAGAGGGCCAGGUCCGCUGGGUAUUCUGGAGAUUCCAGAGGCGGACAGCCUCAGCAGCAGCAGCCAGGCAGACAGUUUCCUCCGUCCGGCCGGAGUACUCAGUCAGGCAGCCGGAGAGCUGACAGUGCAGGACCGUCUGGGGCCGGUCAGAGCUCCAGGGCGGCAGGUUCACAGGAGUCCAGAGGCCCCAGCCAGGCCAGACCACCCAGGCCCCGUUGUCCUCAUUGCGGGAAGUCUCAUCCUGGGGAGUGCUAUCGAGCUACUGGAGCUUGUUUUUCGUGUGGUGGUCAGGGUCAUUUUAUGAGAGAUUGUCCGUUGGCGAGCGGUUCUGGUAGCGUGGCUCGGCCCGACGGGGGUCGGCCCGCCGGUUCAUCAUCUGCUCCAUCUGUUGCACGCCCUGGAGGGCGAGUUGGGAUAGUGUCUGAGCCAAUAGAACCAUUUGAGGUAGCCACGCCAAUUGGGGAUUUUGUUAUAGCGAGACAGAUCUAUAGGGAUUGUUCUGUGACUAUUUGUGAUCGUUGUACUAGGGCUGAUCUGAUAGAGUUAGACAUGCUUGAGUUUGACGUCAUUAUGGGUAUGGACUGGUUGUCCUCUUGUUAUGCUAAUGUCGACUGCCAGAAAAAGGUAGUCCGCUUUCAGUUUCCAGGGGAGCCAGUUAUAGAGUGGUUCGGAUCCACAGCAUCGCCGAGGGGUAAGUUUAUUUCAUACCUCAAGGCUAAGAAGAUGAUCCAGAAGGGUUAUAUCUAUCAUUUGGUUCGUGUGCACGAUACUGCAGCGGAGAUACCUACCCUUCAGUCUGUUCCGGUCGUCAGUGAGUUUCCAGAUGUAUUUCCUGACGAGCUUCCUGGCCUUCCGCCUGAGCGGGAGAUUGAUUUUACCAUAGAGCUGUUGCCAGAUACGCAACCUAUAUCUAUUCCUCCGUACAGGAUGGCACCGGCUGAGUUGAAAGAGUUGAAAGAGCAGCUGAAAGAUUUGCUGGACAAGGGUUUCAUCAGACCCAGCACGUCACCCUGGGGAGCGCCGGUAUUAUUUGUGAGAAAGAAAGAUGGGUCAUUGCGCAUGUGUAUCGAUUACCGGCAGUUAAAUAAGGUGACUAUUAAGAAUAAAUAUCCCCUCCCCCGGAUUGAUGACUUGUUUGAUCAGUUGCAGGGUGCUAAAUAUUUUUCGAAGGUAGAUCUGCGCUCAGGAUAUCAUCAGGUGCGAGUGCGAGAGUCAGAUAUCCCGAAGACUGCUUUCAGGACCCGGUACGGGCACUAUGAGUUCAGAGUUAUGUCUUUCGGGCUGACUAAUGCUCCAGCGGUAUUUAUGGAUCUGAUGAAUCGGGUAUUUCGGCCUUUUCUGGACAUGUUUGUUAUUGUGUUUAUUGAUGAUAUUCUGAUUUACUCGCGAUCAGCCGAGGAGCAUUCGGAUCAUUUGAGGACGGUACUUGGCAUUCUCCGUCGGCGGUUAUAUGCUAAAUUCUCCAAAUUCGGUGCGGACGGUAUUCGGGUCGAUACGCGAAAGAUUGAGGCAUGUACAGAAUGGCCCAGACCUACUACGCCGACGGAGGUGCGCAGUUUUCUGGGAUUGGCCGGAUAUUACCGCAGGUUCGUGGAGAACUUUUCUUCUAUUGCAGCACCAUUGACGAGGCUCACUCAGAAAGCAGCAAAAUUUCAGUGGACCGAUGCCUGCGAGCGCAGCUUUCAGAUGCUGAAAGAGAUAUUGAUUACAGCACCAGUCUUGGCUCUUCCAGAGGGAUCCGACGGGUAUGUUGUCUAUUCGAAUAUUGUAGCCGAUGCUCUUAGUAGGCGUUACAUGGGUAGUUUAGCCCACGUUGACGCAGAAAAGAGAGUUAUGAUGAAGGAAGUUCACCAUUGCAAAGGUAAUUGGGAUGAUCACUUACCCCUCGUUGAGUUCUCAUACAAUAACAGUUAUCAUGCUAGCAUUGGGAUGGCACCAUUUGAAGCUCUGUAUGGGCGAAGGUGUAGGUCGCCGAUUGGUUGGUUCGAAGUUGGUGAAGAAGAGUUGUUAGGACCAGAUUUGGUUUUUCAGGCUAUAGAGAAAGUCAAGUUAAUACAAAAGCGUUUGAAAACGGCUCAGAGUCGCCAGAAGUCUUACACAGAUGUGAGGCGAAGGAACUUAGAAUUUUCAUUUAAUGAUUAG